AUGGCAGAAGAAGGAGCCUUUUUCAACUUCCCCGCGGAGGAAGAGAAGGUCAUUGCCCAAUGGGACUCGCUCGACGCGUUCCAAAAAACGCUCGACUUGACCCAGGAAAAGCCCCGUUUCUCGUUUUUUGACGGUCCGCCAUUUGCAACAGGAACACCCCACUACGGCCACUUGUUGGCCUCCACCGUGAAGGACAUCAUCCCAAGAUACGCCACCAUGAACGGAUAUCACGUGGAGAGACGUUUCGGCUGGGAUACCCAUGGAUUACCUGUAGAACAUGAGAUUGACAAAAAGCUUGGAAUCACCGGAAAGGAGGAUGUGAUGAACAUGGGAAUCGAUAAGUAUAAUCUGGAGUGCCGUGCCAUUGUCAUGCGUUAUGCUGACGAGUGGCGCCGCACCAUUCGUAGAAUGGGUCGUUGGAUCGAUAUGGACAACGACUACAAGACCUUGUACCCCGAAUUUAUGGAAUCCGUCUGGUGGGUGUUCUCCGAGCUCUACAAGAAGGAUACCGUGUAUAGAGGUGUUCGUGUGAUGCCUUACUCUACUGGUUGUACCACUCCGUUGUCCAACUUCGAGGCUCAACAGAACUAUAAGGAUGUCAACGACCCCGCCGUCACCAUUGGUUUCCCCAUGUUGGACGACGAGAACACCUGGUUGGUGGCAUGGACCACCACCCCAUGGACCUUGCCCUCCAACAUCGCUCUUUGUGUUAACCCAGAGUUAGAGUACGUUAAGAUCUUCGACGAGGAGAAGCAAAGAAACUACAUUUUGAUGGAGUCUUUGUUGAAGACCUUGUACAAGAAGCCUGCCGCCGCCAAGUUUAAGGUUGUAGACAGAUUCAAGGGUAAGGCCUUGGAGGGUGUGCACUACGUUCCUCCUUACGACUACUUCUACGAGGAGUUCAAGGAACACGCUUUUAAGGUCAUUACCGCCGACUUCGUCACUGCCGACUCCGGUACCGGUGUGGUCCAUCAAUCUCCUGCCUUUGGUGAGGUCGAUUUUGCCGCCUGUAUGGAGCACGGUGUGAUCACCCCCACUAGACUUCCUCCUAACCCAGUCGACGACAACGGUAAGUUCACCGCCAAGGUUACGGACUAUGAGGGCGUCUAUGUCAAGGAUGCCGACAAGUUGAUUAUCAAGCACUUGACCGAGACCGGCAGAAUGUUGCUUGCCACCCAGAUUAAUCACUCGUACCCAUUCUGCUGGAGAUCUGACACUCCAUUGUUGUACAGAACCGUUCCUGCUUGGUUUGUCAAGAUCGGCGACAUCAUUCCCGACAUGUUGGACAACGUCGCUAAGACAAACUGGGUUCCAAACACCAUCAAGGAGAAGAGAUUCUCCAACUGGAUCUCCAACGCCCGUGACUGGAACAUCUCCAGAAACAGAUACUGGGGUACUCCUAUUCCAUUGUGGGUCAGUGACGACUUCGAGGAGAUUGUCUGUGUCGGCUCCAUCGAGGAGUUGAAGAGAUUGUCUGGCGUUCAUGACAUCACCGACAUCCACAGAGAGAGCAUUGACAACAUCACCAUCCCAUCCCAAAAGGGUAAGGGACAAUUGAAGAGAAUCGAGGAGGUCUUCGACUGUUGGUUCGAGUCUGGUUCCAUGCCUUACGCUUCCCAGCACUACCCAUUCGAGAGAUCAGACGUCUUCGACAAGGCCUUCCCUGCCAACUUCAUCUCUGAAGGUUUGGACCAGACCAGAGGCUGGUUCUACACCUUGACUGUGUUGGGUACUCAUCUUUUCAACAAGGCUCCUUUCCAGAACGUCAUUGUUUCGGGUAUUGUCUUGGCCGCCGACGGUAAGAAGAUGUCCAAGCGUUUGAAGAACUACCCUGACCCUAUGCACGUCUUGGAAAAAUACGGUGCUGACGCUUUGAGAUUGUACAUGAUCAACUCCCCAGUCUUGAGAGCCGAGACUUUGAAGUUCAAGGAGGAAGGUGUUAGAGAGGUUGUAUCUUCCGUUUUGUUGCCAUGGUACAACUCCUUCAAAUUCUUCAAGGAUGCUGCUGAGGUGUUCAAGAAGGAGAACGGUUCCGACUUUGUGUACGACCCUUCGUUAGUCUCUGAAAACGUCAUGGACAGAUGGUUGAUGGCUUCCAUCCAAUCUCUUGUGAAGUUCAUUCACGAAGAAAUGCAAGCCUACCGUCUUUUCACCGUCGUGCCAAGAUUGUUGACCUUGAUCGACAACUUGACCAACUGGUACAUUAGAUUGAACCGUAGUCGUAUCAAGGGUGACACCGAAGAAGGUGUUGAGGACACGAGAAAGGGUCUCAACACCUUGGCUGAGGGUUUGUUCAUUUUGGGCAGAUUGAUGGCUCCAUUCACCCCAUUCUUGGCUGACGGUAUCUACCAAAGAUUGAAGGUAUUCUUCCCAGCUUCCGAAUUGGUGAAGUACAGUAUCACUCCAGAGGCCAAUGCUACUGAGUCCAUUCAUUUCUUGGCCUACCCUACCGUCAGAGAGGAGUUGUUCGACGCUGAGAUCGAAUUGGCUGUGGCAAGAAUGCAAAAGAUCAUUGACUUGGGACGUAACAUCCGUGAGAAGAAGAUGAUUUCUUUAAAGACUCCAUUGAAGGAGUUGGUUGUCUUGAACUCCGACGCAUCUUACCUCAAGGAUGUUGAGUCCUUGAAGGGCUACAUCACCUCUGAAUUGAACGUCAGAAACCUUGUCAUCACUUCUGAUGAGCAAAAGUAUGGUGUUCAGUACACUGCUGUUGCUGACUGGCCUGUUCUUGGUAAGAAGUUGAAGAAGGAUGCCAAGAAGGUCAAGGCUGCUUUGCCAAAUGUCUCUUCGGAGGACGUCAAGCUCUUUGCUGAGACCGGUAAGCUCACAGUUGAUGGUAUCGACUUGGUCAGCGAGGACUUGCAAGUCCAGCGUGGUUUGCUCGAAAAGGAUGUUUCUUCUGGACACGAGGCUCGUUCUGAGAAGGAUGUUUUGAUCAUUUUGGAUGUUAACUCGUACCCUGAGUUGCAAAGCGAGGGUUUGGCUAGAGAGUUGAUCAACAGAAUCCAGAGAUUGCGUAAGAAGGCCGGUUUGCAGGCAACUGAUGAGGUUGAUGUCCAAUACAAGAUUGUUAAGGACACUAUCGCCUUUGAAGAUGUGCUCAAAAACAACGAGGAGCUCGUGCUCAAAUGUACAAAGAGACCAGUUGCCGAGUUCAACAACGCUGCUGAGGAGAAGAUCAUUAUCGAUGAGGAACAAAGCAUCAACGACACUGUGUUCAACUUGAGAUUGUUGAAGCUCUAG